UUAUGUUUUGACAUUUUCCCUUAGUUCACAUUUGUCAAAGUUAUUAUUCUAUAAAGACUUUGUUCUUGUGUUAAAGCCUUAAAGGCAUUCUCCAAUAACUCCUUUUCAUGCAAAAUGCAAAAAGUUCAUCCUUUACAAAGGCCAUAGCAAAAGAAGAACACUAAACUUGAGGGAGAGUCUUCAAAGAGAAGGCUCAUUUGGUCAAAAGAGUUACUAGUCUUUUCUUCACAUUCUUGCUCAUGUGAUUUUGACAUUAUGCAGUAGCAGCACAUGAUCACUUUGAGGAUAGUUCCAGGAAGGAAAUUCUGCUUUUCUGAAAUGCAAAGUGACUUGUGAAAUAUUUAGACUCUUGGAAGCUUUUUUUUUAGCUCAUUUCUCUUAAGUGUUAAUCAUUUGAGUUCUGUCUACUGUGAAGUUUUUAGGUAUGGGACUUGAAAAGAGUAGAGAAAAUAAAAUGUUAGGACUUAGAUUUACUCCAAGGCACAACCGUUCAAACAGUCUUCCUGAUAAUAAGAAAAGAGUUGAAGGGGAUAAUCCAGAUAAUCAUGUUGAGGCCUUUGAUAGAGUGAAGAUGGAUAUGGGCUACGUCACUGAAUGUGCUAAAUCAAGGAAUAAACAAAGCCCUAAAGGUGAAGUCCAUAGUACUAUGAAGCAAGAGAUUCUACAACUAGAGAGAAGAUUACAGGACCAGUUUGAGGUUAGAUCCACUUUAGAAAAGGCACUUGGAAACAGAUCUUCAUCACUAGUCCAUUCAAAUGAAAAGAUGAUGCCUAAGCCAGCCACAGAACUGAUUAAGGAAAUUGCAGUGUUAGAGUUGGAGGUUGUGUAUUUAGAACAACAUCUUCUCUCCUUGUACAGAAAAGCUUUCGAUAAAAAAUUAUCUUCGGCAUCUCCAUCUACCAAGGAGGAAACUGUAAAACAUUCUCCGACAACACCUGAAGCACCAUUUGUCAAACCUUCUAUGCCUGAGGUCUUAACCAAAACUGAAUGUUCUACGCUACAAUAUAACGACCAUGAUGAGCUCGAGACUUUGCAAAAUGAACAUAGUAGAUAUGAACAUCAGAGUUUGAGGAAAGAAAAUGACUUAGAUUCUCGUGUUUAUCGUUGUCAUUCGUCAUUAUCACAGUGUACAACAUUUACAAGAGCAUCUCUUCCAGAAGAAUCUUUAACGAAAUCUCUGCGCACUUGUCAUUCGCAGCCAUUGUCCAUGAUGGAGUAUAUCGAAAACUCAUCAAAUAUAAUCAGUCUGGCUGAACAUCUCGGUACGCGAAUAUCUGAUCAUGUUCCGGUGGAACCAAAUAAACUUUCUGAGGAUAUGGUAAAAUGCAUAUCAGCUAUAUAUUGCAAGCUUGCAGACCCUCCUAUGAUACAUCCUGGCCUUUCAUCUCCCAGUUCGUCAUUGUCCUCAGCGAGCGGCUUUUCUAUUGGAGAUCAAGGUGAUAUGUGGAGUCCAAGGUUCAAGAAUAAUAACUCCUCUUUUGAUGUAAGUUUAGACAAUCCUUUCCAUGUUGAAGGACUCAAGGAGUUUAGUGGACCAUACAGCACCAUGGUUGAAAUAUCAUGGAUUUAUAAAGAGAAUCAGAAAUCAGGUGAUACAAAAAAGUUGCUUCAAAAUUACAAGUCACUUAUUUCUCGAUUAGAAGAAGUAGAUCCGGGAAAGUUGGAGCAUGAGGAGAAGCUAGCUUUCUGGAUCAACAUACACAAUGCAUUGGUGAUGCAUGCAUUUUUGGCUUAUGGCAUUCCACAAAACAAUAUGAAAAGAGUAUUUCUUCUUUUGAAGGCUGCAUAUAAAGUUGGAGGUUAUACAGUUAGUGCAGACACAAUACAAAAUACUAUACUUAGGUGUCGAAUGUCUCGCCCUGGACAGUGGCUACGGUUGUUUUUUUCUUCAAAGACAAAAUUCAAAACAGGAGAUGGACGACAAGCAUAUGCAUUGGAACAUCUUGAGCCACUUUCACACUUUGCUCUAUGUUCAGGAAACCAUUCUGAUCCAGCGGUACGUGCAUAUACACCAAAGAGGGUGUUUCAAGAUCUAGAAGUAGCGAAAGACGAGUACAUUCGAGCUACUUUAGGCGUACGAAAGGACCAAAAAAUACUUCUACCGAAGCUUGUUGAAUCAUUCGCAAAAGACUCGGAUUUGUGUCCUAGUGGUGUCAUGGAUAUGAUCCUAGAACCUCUACCUGAAUCACUAAGGAAAAGAGUUAAGAAAUGUCAGAUUCCAAAAUCCAAGAAGUGCAUAGAAUGGAUUCCACAUAACUUCAAUUUUAGAUAUCUCAUAUCUAAGGAUGUCUUAAAAUGAUACUACUUGGUAGUGUUACAUCUUAAUGGAGAAACGGUUUUACAUUGUUUGUUCUAUGUAAUUCUUUUUGUACAAAGUAGAUUGUAGUUGUAUGAUUGUGUUGUGUUUUGAUGUUGGUAAAUAAUUUCCUGAUAAAUAUAAUGACAGUUGGACAUUGCACUAAA